GACACGUCAUCCUUUCGCAUUGCGUGUGUGUGUCCCCUCCAUUGCAUGGGAGGCGACACUCGGUAUUGUGAGCGUGCGUGAAGCCUGCGUCGCCAAAGAAGGCCCCUUGCAAACAAAUCUCGCAGCCCGACUCGUGACUCUCCGCAGCGAUGAGGGGCAUCCUGGAUGUGGUAUCUAUACACACACAAGGGCAGGAGAAGGCGCACGCACAUUUCGUUGUUGCUUGUGUGUUUCUGCCCGCAGCUUCCCCCACAGAUGCUCGCGCAGAUCACACCUUUGCUGCGCACGCUACUGAACGAUGCGACCGAGAUGCUGAUGGGUGAAGAGCCUCAGCACCACACUGUCGAAGCGGUGAGCAGGGAGCGCACACUGAACCAAACAGAUCUGCACUACCUUCGUCGUUCAGGACCUGUGGGACGAUGCCUACACACAGCGCCUGCUGCGUGACUGCCUGUGCUCGGUGGGCGAGGAAAUUGCGAAUCGUAUGCGUGGAUGUUGCUUACGAUAGUGUGUGCUGUGUGUUGCAUGAAUCAGAUCGGCUACGAGCCGUGGGGAGAGGCAGCAUCCCAACCCGGGUCCGACCCUUCCCACCUGGUGCUCACAAAGCUGGACUACCGGUGCGUUGCGUCAGUCAGAAGCUGCAAUGGCCACCUCACUUGCCACACGUCAGGCCCUUGUUGUGCCUUCAGGUUCGUGGAUGCUCAGCGGGCGAUCGACGAGAAGGCCUCCCUGCACAACUACCCUGUCGAGCCCUCCCGCAGCACCACACAAGUCACCCCCGCCCUGUCCGUGGAUAUGCAGCAGCCCCCCAACGACCCGAUGGACGACCAGGUGGACCAGGCAGAGAUGACGGCCGGCCUCCAGCCAGAAAUGGGAACCACAGAAGAGGACCAGCAGGGCGAGGGUGCUGGCAAUGGUGCUGCUGCUGGUGACGGCCUCGUUCACGACACCGAGCCCGUGGAGGACGAAAAUGCAAACGCUACGCGACGUACGCCGACAGCCGACGCCAAGACUCAGGAAGGAGAAUACGGUGGUUGCCUGAUGGUGUGUGUGUGUGUGUGUGUGCUGGGAGGUGUAUAGACUGGGUGUGCAAUAGCGGCGGCAAGGCCUACCGCGAGGAGCCGGCGAGCAUGCGCGUCCUGCACGCAGCCCUCUUCAAGCUGCUCCUCGGCAACGUCGAGGGACGCAUCAAGGUAACCGAAUCAACCGCAUCACACACAGACCCAUUGCACGGUUGCGUGCAUCGUCAGUGGCGGAAGCGAGAGCUGGUGGCGCAGCACCAUCUCCACCAGGGGGUGGCGCAAUACCGCUUCCAUGUCAACACCAGGUAGCUGCGGGAUGACAGAACACGAUGAGGGAACUUGUCUCUGUCCAUCUCAUCUGUCUGCUUGCGUGUCAGGAUCAGGUUCUCCAAGCGCAAGAAGAAAAGGGGACGAUGGGGCUGGACAGUGCUGGUGCAGCACCGUGACACACAGGGGCUAUCGGUGGGAAGAAGAAAACAGUCGAAGCGAACAUGAUAUCAUGCUAUCAUGCUUAUGUAUGUAUGUGUGUUGCAGGAGUUUUCUCUGGACACGCCUGAUUCCAUCACGCGGGAGGACCUCCAGAGCGCCCUCAGUGAAGUGGAGGCCCUCAUGGCCAUGCCAGCAUGCCACGAGUACGCAGAAACAACAGAGCAGUGAGCAUCACUUGCUGAGUGUCUGGGCGAUGGAUGGAUGGAUGGAUGGACGGAUGGAUGGCUUGAUGGUCUGUGCAGGUGGUUGGAGGGCAUUAUCUACUUCGAGAGCAGGGGCAGCAGCAGCAACACGGCCAUCCUGCUGCAGCGUCACAACAUCGUCAACGCACCGGGCGAGUGGGUCAAGCAGGAAACGGUGCUCGCGACGGGAAACUUCGAUCGUCUGGUCAGUGGCCGCCAUGGAUGGAUGGCCUUUUGCCCAUGUCUCCUGUCUUCCCUUCAGGAUCGUCUGGUGCAGGUGCUUCAGGGGUGCGGCAUCCGCGAUUUGCACAAGAAGCGCCGCCCCAUCGAGCGCUCCCCCAGCCCGCCAUCCAAGCGACCUGCGCAGGAGGCCGAGGCCGCUGCACCGGUGGCCGGUGCAGAGAGUGGGGCUGCUGCAUCGAUCAAGGUCGAGGAUGAGCAUGACUGUGAGCAUGAGAUGACAAAUGGGGCAUGACACAGAGUGACGGCAUGCAUUUACUGUGGAUGGAGGGGGAAUCGUGUGUGAAGACGCUCAAUGCUUGUUGCGUGUGCAUACGUCUUUUAUCGCUUUGCGCGUGUGUGGAGUGCAAGACUCUCGUGCUCAACUCGUUUAUCCACAUGACUGUUGCCUGUCGUGUCGGCAAUUCCUUUGUGUCCUGGCCGCCCCCAGGAAGAUCUCACCCUCUCUGGUCGGUCGAUCCAAAGCAUCAACCAACAGGUGCGGUGCGGCCGGCGAUGUUGCCGUA